AUGGGUGAUGAGGUUAAAAAUCUACCGGUGGAGCCAAUGCCGAAAUCAACGACUCAGCCACUACCGACGAGUCUGCCGUUUCCCGCUCAACACCGCAUUCUACGGGUACUGCAACAGCGCUUGGAGCGCUCUGCGUUCGAGUCUAUCCAGAAAUGGCACCCCCAACUUGGCCAGACUAACGGAUGGGAUUGUGCCGAGAAUGUGGAAUUGCACAUGGCGUUCAGAGCGCUGGACCGAAAGCGUCGUACCCAUUCCGCAUCUGCGUUGUUGAAAAUUCCAAAGAAGGGGGUUAAUCGGUUGUGA